GAUCAAUAUGGUCAUGCUGGCGUAUAAAAAGCACUGGUCCAUGUCUUAUGGAUUUAACCAAAUUUCCAAUGGAUUCAAUUUCAUGUAUGCUAACAUUUGAGUCCUAUAAUUACAACAUUGAUGAAGUACGGAUGAAAUGGAAUGAACCUCAUGCUGUACUUAUGUUUAAGGAUAUCGAAUUGCCGGAUUUUACAUUGGUCAAUUAUACUACCUCUGUCAUCGAGGCUAAAUAUGCAGCAGGCCUAUGGGAUGAGCUUACUGUUUCAUUCACGUUUAAGAGGCGUUAUGGAUGGUAUAUUUUACAAGGAUAUAUUCCGACAUAUUUGACAAUUUUUAUCUCCUGGAUCCCAUUUUACAUGAGCCCGCGAGCGAUGCCUGCACGAACAAUGAUUGGUGUCAAUUCGUUACUGGCAAUGACUUUUCAGUUUGGUAAUAUUAUUCGGAAUCUGCCGCGAGCGAUCGAUGUAUGGGUUUUAAGUGGGAUGACUUUCAUAUUUGCAUCUUUGAUUGAACUUGCGAUGAUUGGAUUCAUGAGCAGAUAUGAAGGCAGAGCUGACGUAAGACUUAAACAAAUGCGUAAAAAGGUAAAAUUUUAAAA